AUGGCAGACAACCCCCAAAAGUCGCUCGAAACCACCCGCCAGCGCUUCAACCAGCUCGCCUCCGCGCUGCGCACCUUCAACGACGUGCUGCACCACGGCCCCGCCGACGCUCUCCCGCCCUGGAUCACCCUCCAAUCGCACUUCAACGUCCUCUCCUCCACGCUCGACUCCCUCUCGCACACCCUCGCCACACACUUCCCCCCCGCCACCACCACCCCGACCGCCCUCGUCUCCUACCCGCUCCCGACUUUCCCGGCCCCCACACAGUCCAUCCUCCUCUCCAUGCUCUGCAACAAGAAGCCCAACGCCACCGUGUCGGACUGGCACCACGCCGCGCUGCACGACGCCGCCGUCAGCGCGCUCACCCCCGCCGACAAGCGCGCGCAGGACGAGUUCUGGGCGGCGGUCAACGACGUGGUGCAGGAGCAGCAGGUGGAGAGGAGCUGGUAUGAGGAUCUGUAUACGGCGGAGGAGCGCGAGGGGGGCGUGGAGAGGGUGGUGACGGGGUUGGAGAUGGUGGAGGGGGUGCCGGUGCCCGGGGCGCUGAGGUUGGAGGCUAUGUUGAGGUUUAUGGAGACGGGGGUGGCGCCGAGGGAUCAGGCGCCGUUGCCGAGUGGGGUUGUGGGGUUGAAGCGGUAG